UACUUUAAUGCGCUAAUUAAUGUAUAUAUUCAUCUUCCAACACUGUUGACUUCUCAUCUUCUACUGUUUAGCUACUAUUUCUUUCUCUGUGUAGAUCUAUAGAGCAUAGAUCUUUCAAAAACUUAAGAAAAGAAUUCUUAUAAGUACUUUAACUUUAAUUUGUUACACCAGCCAUGGCGUUCUCACUAAUUAUCCCUUGUUAUAUGUCAAGAAAUCCCCAUAUUCUUAAUCCAUGCAGCGGAUCUCAAACUCCGAUCUUUAAUCCUUUAUGUCAAACUAAAAAUCUCAGAACCAGCUGCCAGAGAUCUGGUCUACUACUAAGUAACAAAAGACCAAGGGAUUUAGUUGUCCAUGCAACACCUGAAACAGGAGAUCUACUUUCAGGAGUUAUUCCCUUUUUACCAUCUGGUGAAAAUUCUUGGAUGAGUUGGGCUGUGGGAUUAGGUGUAACAGUACCUUUGUUAACAGCAAGAUUAUUAACAGUAACAAAGCAAGUUGCAGUUGCGGCGGAGACGGUGGAGUCGGUGGCGGAUGCGGUGGGAAAAGUUGCGGAUGAAGUGGACAAGGUGGCGGAGGAAUUCGCGGAGAAGCUGCCGGAAGGUGGAAUGCUUAAAGGUAUAGUGAAGUCCAUCGAACACUUGGCUGAAGAAACUGAAAAUGAUGCUCAAUUAGUCGAAGACCUAAUGGACAAGGUUGAAGAAGUGGAUCAAAAGUUGGAGGCAUUUAUCAGUAAUCAAGUAAUGAAGAUACCAAAUUCAAAUGAUGGGAAGAAACAAUAGAUCUAGAUUUGUCACUUUCCCAACACAGUGGGGUUUAUUGUGGUGCUUCCACUUAUGUUGUACUAUGUAUGUCCUUAAAUUUUGUCAUAAAUUUUUAUUUAGACAUCUCAAUUAUGAGAAAAUGAUCUAUUGAACAUUUGAAAUCAGUGAAUAGUGUCUAUUAAAUACAAAUCAUCAGUUAAUAAAAAUGAAAGUGACUGUAUUUCAGA